UUAAACAGAAAUGGAUAAUAACAUAAAAGAUGCAUAGGCAGUACAACUUGAGGUGCCCACUAACCAGGGACGGACGCAGGGGUGGACUGACAACUCAUGGGGCCCCCGGGCAAUACGUGAUCAUGGGGCCUGUGCCCUUGCCCAAACUCAAAAAAGUCUAUGAAAAAGGUACCAGGGGCAUCUCAUGGGGCCCCCUACUGACCCCGGGCCCUCGGGCAGUGCCCGAGUUUCCAAAUGGUCAGUCCGCCCCUGGA